GUUGCAGCUUGUCUGUUUUAAUUUGGCAGGCCGCAGCGUCGCUAUGAGCGUGUUUGGUUUGAGCUUGACUUUGAUCGUAUUUCAUCGGCGCUCAGGCUGAAGGAAGGAGGGUUUGGAGAAAACUUGAGGACAUGCGGCGUCUUUCACAAACUUUCCACAAAUCAAACUUUCUCGGAACCGAAGAAGGAGUGGAGGUGCUGAGAAUGAAAUAAACCGUAGCGGACAGGAAGAAGACAGAAGGGGAAGAAGAGCCGUUCAUUCUCAUUGAUCCUAUCGAGGAUUUGUGUUGUGAAGAUGCAGGUUGCUGCUACAGCCCUGACUGUGCUGAGUUUGUUCCUUGACCUGGGCUUCCUGUCAGCACAUCGGUCCAAACCAGACCCGAAAAAGCAGCAGAACGUCAGGCACGCUCAGAAAAAUGAGACACCACUGAAGAAGAGUCAGCCGCACAUCAUAUUUAUCCUCAUCGAUGAUCAGGGCUUCAACGACAUCGGCUACCACAACCCGACCAUCAAGACCCCGACUCUGGACAAACUGGCAGCAGAGGGGGUAAAGCUGGAGAACUACUAUGUUCAACCCAUCUGUACGCCAUCACGCAGCCAGCUCAUCACUGGAAGAUAUCAGAUCCACACAGGAUUACAGCACUCCAUCAUCAGGCCCAGCCAGCCCAGCUGUUUGCCCUCCCACAUGGACACUCUGCCUGAGAGGCUCCGCGAGGCCGGCUACACCACACAUAUGGUCGGCAAGUGGCACCUGGGUUUCUACAGGAAAGCAUGUCUGCCCACCAGAAAAGGUUUUGACUCUUUCUUUGGUUCCUUAACAGGAAGUGUGGAUUAUUACAGCUAUGGUUCCUGUGAUGGUCCAGGGUUGUGUGGAUACGAUCUCCAUGAUGGUGAAGGUGUAGCAUGGGGCCAGGAAGGAAAAUACUCCACAACGCUGUUCACACAGAAAGCUCGCAAGAUCCUGGAGAGUCACAACCCCUCUGACAGGCCGCUCUUCCUGCUGCUUUCCCUCCAGGCCGUCCACACUCCUCUACAGCCUCCCAAGUCCUACAUCUACCCCUACCGGGACAUGACUAAUGUAGCCAGGAGAAAGUUUGCCGCCAUGGUGUCCACAGUGGAUGAGGCGGUCCGAAAUGUCACCUACGCCCUCAGAAAACACGGAUACUACAAGAACAGUGUAAUCAUUUAUUCCACUGACAACGGCGCCCAGCCAUUCACAGGCGGGAGCAACUGGCCGCUACGAGGCAGAAAGGGUACGUACUGGGAGGGGGGAGUCCGUGGAGUGGGGUUUGUACACAGUCCUCUGCUGAGACGCAGGAGACGCGUCUCCAAAGCUCUUCUCCACAUCACUGACUGGUUCCCAACACUGGUGGGACUGGCAGGGGGGAACAUAAGCCAGAGCCAAGGCCUGGAUGGUUUUGAUGUCUGGCCCACCAUCAGUGAGGGGAAGGAGUCGCCUCGUCAGGAGAUCCUCCACAACAUCGACCCUCUGCACAAAUCUCCCACUGAAAGCGUGGGCUGGCACGAGGCCAGAACGAAGGGAUCAACAGUGAGCACACCAAAAGAAACAACAUUUAAAAAGCCAAAGAAGAAGAAAAAGAAGGUCCUGAAGCAGAAACUAAAUAAAAAGUCAGUGCUCAAGUUAAAGAGCAUCAAGAAACCGUCAACAUUUACCCAUCUUUCCACCAAGCCCAAAAAAUCUAAGCCGCUACCCAAAAUAAAGCCCGCUCUUAAACCCAAGACUAAAACCAACCCUCAGCACCAGUCCCGGGCUCAUUAUGGACCACAGUCCAAGAUCCACUCGAGUGGUUCUCUUCCAGUGUCAGGAACAUCCCGUCCCAAAUCUCAACCUCAAAUCCAACGUGUGAAGACCAAAACUAAGCGGUCCACGUCCCAGAACCAGAACUCGUCUCAUGUAGCUCCAUCUCAGCCUAAAUCUAAAACGCAGCUCAAACUGAAGUUGAAGUCAAAGCCCAAAGAGACGUUAUUCCGAUACCAGAACAUGUCCCAGUCAGGAACACUGAAGCCCAAAUCCCAUCCAGUCCCCCAGUUUUCUCCGAUAUGGGACACAUCUGUGCAGGCCGCCAUCAGAGUUGGAGACUGGAAGCUGCUAACUGGUGAUCCGGGCCACGGAGACUGGGUCCCACUUCAGAUGCUUCCCACUCUUCCUGGUCGCUGGUGGAACCUUGAACGCACCUCGUCGCCUCCUUACAAAUCCGAAGCUCACAAAAGCGUCUGGUUAUUCAACAUCACGGCCGACCCGUUCGAGCGGCAGGACCUGGCAGACCGGAGGCCAGAUGUGGUCCAACAGCUGCUGGCCCGGCUGGCCUACUACAACCAAACAGCCGUGCCAGUUUACUUCCCACCUGAUGACCCCCGGGCUGACCCUAGCAGGCAUGGAGGGGCCUGGGUACCCUGGGUGGCAGAGGACGAGGACGAGGAGGGAAAAUAUCAAGGAGUUUAUAAGAAAGUUAAAAACAGUAAGAAGAAGAAGAAGAAGAAAAAGUGCAGGCUGUGCAAGCUGAAGUCGUUCUUCCUGAAACUAAACACGGGGAUGAUGUCUAAUCGCAUCUGAACAGAAAUUAAUAUGAAAGACAAAAAAAAGUUCUUUAAUUUUAGCUAAAAUGAAUCGUGAUGUCUUGCUGUUUUGUCUUAUUUUCUUUAGAUCAGAUCUU